UGCGGAUGCCAUGGCAACAGGCCGAUUGUAUCCAGACCUUUAUAAGCGCAGUUAUUUAUUUAAUUUGUCAUUUGCAUGCGCUGCUGCGCGGGUCAGGACUGGACGCGCGUGUGCGAGGAGCAGACAUCAUCAACAAGUUGUUCUAUUCGACUGAUCGGGAAGAGGCUCGCGCGUGGACUAAGUGAGCAGAAGUGGGGAGGCGUGGAUGCUCCGGAUGAUGGCUGUUUUGGGAGCGAACACAUGACAAGUUAAACGAAGCCGAAUCCUUCUCUGGCUGUUUGAGCGCCCCAGUCACGAUUUCUUCACCGAUGGAGGACCGUGUUUUCCAGCUGAGAAUGACACCUGGCUGAGGGAAAACGUGGACUUGGCUGCGCGGUUUGUGUUUGUGCGUGCGUGUCACCGGAGGCGACUCACUGCCCCUCGGUCGGUGGGUGAGUUCUGCGCCCCGCUUGUCCAUCAGCAGCCCUGUCUGCGAACAGCACAUCAAAUGUCCUUGUCGCUCAUCUGACUGUUCGCGUCCAUCACGUCUAUUACACAAUGACACUCGCUGCCAGCAGCUGAUUUGGAAAGCCAGCGUGACGGCCACUGAGGGGACAGAACCGUUAUCUACAGUACACCGGGAAUCUGGAGCCGACAUGACCGGCGUCGGGGCGCGCAGGGCGGCUGUGGGCAGAAGAGGGAGGGCCUCCGGCGGGGAGCGACCUUUCAAGGACGAGGAAGGAGGAUUGAUCCAGAAACAUCUGUGAGGACAAGCGGAGCACGGAGGAAAGAGGGAAGGUGACGCUGUGUUUGGAUGUCACAUAUCAAGGACACAGAGGUUCUACUGGGACUUGCUGAUGCUGUUGCUAAUGAUGGGAAACCUGAUCAUCCUGCCAGUGGGCAUCACCUUCUUCAGAGAUGAGAACACGCCAUCGUGGAUCAUCUUCAACGUUGUGUCCGACACUCUGUUCAUGGUGGACCUGGUUCUCAACUUCCGAACAGGGAUUGUCAAAGAAGACAGCACUGAAAUCUUGCUUGACCCAAGGGCCAUCCGACAGAACUACCUGAAGAGCUGGUUCCUGGUGGAUUUUGUGUCCUCCAUUCCGGUGGACUACAUCUUCCUGAUGGUGGACAGUCUGGACUCUGAGGUCUAUAGGACAGCUCGGGCACUGCGGAUCGUCCGCUUCACCAAAAUCCUGAGCCUGCUCCGACUCCUGCGACUCUCCCGACUCAUCCGCUACAUACAUCAGUGGGAAGAGAUUUUUCACAUGACCUAUGACCUUGCCAGUGCCAUGGUGAGGAUUGUAAAUCUGAUCGGCAUGAUGCUGCUGCUGUGCCAUUGGGAUGGAUGUCUCCAGUUUCUUGUCCCCAUGUUGCAGGAUUUCCCCCCUGACUGUUGGGUUUCUAAGAACUUAAUGGUGAAUGACACGUGGGGCGUCCAGUACUCCUAUGCUCUUUUCAAAGCCAUGAGCCACAUGUUGUGCAUUGGGUACGGCGCCCAGGCCCCAGAGGGCAUGACUGACGUGUGGCUCACCAUGCUCAGCAUGAUCGUAGGUGCCACCUGCUAUGCCAUGUUUAUCGGCCAUGCUACCGCUCUCAUCCAGUCACUGGAUUCCUCCCGGCGACAGUAUCAAGAAAAGUACAAGCAAGUGGAACAAUACAUGUCCUUUCACAAGCUGCCUGCUGAUGUGCGACAAAAGAUCCACGAAUACUACGAACACCGUUUCCAGGGGAAAAUGUUUGAUGAAGAAAAUAUACUUGGGGAACUCAGUGAGCCGCUGAAGGAGGAGAUUGUCAGCUUUAACUGCCGCAGUCUUGUGGCCAACAUGCCGCUGUUCGCCAAUGCGGAUCCCAACUUUGUUACGGCCGUUCUCACCAAGCUUCGAUUUGAAGUUUUUCAGCCUUCAGAUUUUAUCAUUCGGGAGGGCACAGUGGGACGGAAGAUGUAUUUUAUCCAGCAUGGGCGAGUCAGCGUGCUGACCCGAGGAAACAAGGAGACCAAACUUUGUGAUGGAUCUUACUUUGGAGAGAUUUGUUUGUUGACCCGAGGACGGAGGACUGCCAGUGUCCGGGCUGACACAUAUUGUCGCCUGUAUUCCCUCAGCGUGGACAGCUUUAAUGAGGUGUUGGAAGAACACCCGAUGAUGCGACGUGCCUUUGAAACAGUCGCUGUUGACCGCUUGGACCGGAUUGGGAGAAAAAACUCCAUGCUCCUCAGGAAGUCAUCUCAAGGAGGUUCUCUUGGAGGCACCAUCGGUCGUGGUGGAGGUCGAGGCGGAGGAGGCCCAGGUGCGGGUGGUGGCUUGGCAGCCAGCUGUCUGGGAUCCUGUGACAGUAUGCUGGUGCAGCAGAUUGUCAAACAUGACAGCAUGCCUGCCAUGCAAGAUGCCAUCGCAGCUGCAGCAGCAGGAAGAAGCGGAGUCUUGAGUGGAAGCGGUGCUGUAUCUCCAAGACCCCGCCCUGUUAUCUGGGCCCCACUGGUCCACGCACCCUUACAGACUGCAGCUGCAACCAGUAACGUAGCCAUUGCCCUCAUGCAUCAGCAGCAGCAACAGCAACAGCAGCUCCAACAGCUGCAGCAGCAUGCCCUUGGAGGAGCUUUUUUUCUGCCUUCCCCUCUAAUCUCUCCAUCCCCCUCUUCAACUUUCCCUCUAUCUUCUCCUCGCGCCCCUGUUUUACAGCCCCUCCGGCCCUCUGUCAGCUCCCUUAUUGGAAUGAUGGCCAUGGGAGGGAUGAGUGGUUUACCCCCAAGGGGAUUCCCUGCAUCCCCAUCUACCAUGGGAGCACCCAAUGGGUUGACGUCACCACCAGUUGCCAAAACUCCCUCCUCCUCAGUUCCAACAUCUGUCCAGCAAGGACGGGUUCUUCAUUACAAUAUUCUUCCCUCGAUGAUUGGUGGGUCACUUGGAACCCCAACACCUGGAGCACCGCCAGCGACCACGAUUCCCAAGGUUUCCACCACCAACUCUCCCACUAGUUUGGGUGCCUCAGCAGAUGGAAACACACCUAUAACAAGUCAGCAGGGAGCUAAAGAAGCACUUUUGCGUCAUGGGGUAACUAGCUCUCAGGGUCUACCUGCAUUAGGAAGGCUUACCCAGGAGGCCAGGCUGCUAUCUGCCUCCCAACCAACCUUGCCUCACCGCUCCUGGGCUGGCCUCCAGCCUCAUCCACCUCUCCACCGGAAAGCCUCUGGAGGCAAUUUAUUGUCAGCUCCUUUCCUUGCAGGUCAGAUAGCCAGGGGUGGAAGUGCAGGGGUCUUGGCCUCUCAUGUCCCUGUACAGCUGGUGACACAAAAUCCCCAAACUCAAGUGCCCAAUAUCAUUCCCACUCAGCCUUCUCUUGCACAAGCUGCCAUUACUGUCAAUGUGCCACUGCACUCCCAAUGUUCCCCACAUGUAGCGACCAUCCCCACAGCAUCAGCAUCGCACAUGCCCCCGACAGUGUCCUCCUCUUCUCCAAAGCAAACUCCCCUCUCUUCUGCACCCCAGUCACCUGCACCCACCCCCCCAUCUCCUACACCAAUGCUUGCACAGACUCCCCGGCCAAAGCCAAUUACAGUGAACCCAUCAGGGUCCUCCUCACCUCCUCCAAACUCCCCCUUAUCCGGGGCAACACCCCUGUCACUUUCCUCAACACCUCGCCCGAAACCACUUGGUACACCUUCUCCCCGCUCUUCUUCCCCCUCGCCAUCCUCAACACCUCCUCCCUCUUCAGUUUCAACCCCUGUUCCAUCACCUCAAACAUUUGGCCCAAAGUCAGUCAACCCCUCAUCCUCUCCCCCAUCUUCGUUAGUCACCUUGCCAACACCACAUCCACAGAGCCCAAGAGCCAAGACUUCCUGCACAACUCCCUCUGCAUCACCUAAGUCUGGUCCAAGUCCAGUCCCAACCCCUAUUCCCUCUCCAACUCUGACUCAGACCACACGCACUCGCACCAGCACUCCACUGCAAACUCCCAGUCAACCCCUCUCAUCUCUUUUCACGGCAACCCAAACACCCUCUCAGAUCACCACCCCAGCACAAUGUCCACCUUCAACUAUUGCUCCAUCCAGUUCCACAUUGAAUAAAUCCCAGUGUGCGACUCCUUGUCUACAGCCCUGUGUCAUGAGCUCAUCGAGGAGUUCUCCAACUCCAAGCCAAAUACUAAAACAAACUCCAACCCAAACAACAGCUCCUCUCACGAUAGCUAGCACAAGUUCUCCUACCAAAGUGAAGUUCUCCGUUCAUCCAGUAAGACUAACUUCUCCCAUUCUCAUUCCAAACCCCUCGGUGGGAUUCAGCCACACAGUAAACUCAGCCCCAUUGACAAGCUUGGUCCAACCAAGUAGCUCGACUGCAUCAGUACAACCACUGAAGCAAAACUCCCCCAUCACAAGCCCCUCUAGCAACUCCUCCAAACUUCAGAAGCCGCCCUCGACACCCAGCACAACCACUCAGGCAUCCGCAACUGCACCCAACCCCUCCACCCAUGCGACGACAACUGCUAACACAAACACAGGUACAAAGGAACCCCAGCUGACACUUGCCAGAAGAGACUCAGAAGGACUGAGACACAAACUGCCUGCCAACAUGUAAAAAACUGACACGCAAUUUAAUGCAGUAAGCAAAAGCCUAUGUUGAGUCGGGACGCAGACCAUGCUCAUGUUUGUAUUUACUCUAAUGUGAUUGUCGUUAAACAAAACUCUCUGAGCCAUCAGUGAUGUACUCAAUGGACUGCUGAAUUGACUCAGUGCACAAGAGGUUCCGGUCUACUUAUUGCAGUCAUCAUUCUUUUCUGACUCUCGUGUACUUUCCCAUCUGUAUCUUUUUACGUCUUUUUCAGAAUUUUUUUUUCCAAGGCUUGCUGUAACGUCUACUUCUCACUCCGCAAAUAUGCUUUCACGUUGGGGCACAACCAGUUUUUGUGGCAUAUAAGACUUCUAUACUGGCAACUGCAGACUUCUUUUUCUUUUUCCAAGGCAUUCCCUCUUUUGGUGAAGGUGCACCAGAAAAUGAUUUAGAGAAAGCCUUAAUUGCUUAGCGACAGUUGUGCACAGAGCCUAUUUUGUCGUGCUACACAGCAACACAGAUUGUGAGUCGCGACUGAUGAUGGGAUGAACGUGUAUCAAGAUUACUGUAAAAAAGGAGAUGAUGAACAUAUGUAAUAAUAGCUUAGAGUGCUAAUGUAGUAGACAGUUGAAUCAGCAAGCAAUAUAUGUGAAACACCAGAGACUCUUUACUGUAACAGUAAUCCUUAAAUUGCAUAAGAAAAUAUUGAUGGGGUUUUCUGCAAAGUGGUGUCCAUUUCAGAUGCAGGUCAUAGAAGAGACACUUUCAGGUCCUAGGUUGCAUUCCAUCUUUCACCAAAGUGUAAUACGUUAUCAUGAAAAAAUAUGGAUAACUAUGAUAAUUAUAUAGAGUUCAAAAUCACUGUAAAGUUGAUAUAAUGUGUCAUUUUAAACAACUAGGAGCAGUGCAGUUGUGGUUUUAGUCGUCCAAAGUGUUUGGUGCUUAGUUAUUUGAAGACAACUUUCGAACUUCUUCAGUAAAUGGUGUUUUUUUUAUGGUGUGACACGUCGCUGCCCUACUCUGUACUCUGGCCCACUUUGCGUUACAUUCAGGCCUUUGUAAAUAAGUGCUUCUUGCUUGGUCUGUCUUCUUCACCGCUUUUCCUCUUUCAUCAUUCUCUGUCCCACCGCCUUUCAUCUGAAUUCACACCUCUCGGCUCAAACUGUUUUUUUUUUUUUUCUUUGACACUCACACUCUUUCUCUCAGCUUCCCUGACGCUUUGCUCUCUCCAUCAGCCUCCUCUUGGGUUAUCAACUCGGUUUGCCAUUUGCAGUGAUGUUUGAUGUUUUGUGUGCGUAGCAACAAGGCAUUUAUGUCUUAAUCCUGAUACCAUGAUGCCUAGACAAGUAAAUAUAUUAAGGACCAAAUGUUUUAUUUUUAUUUAUCACAGCUUUGGCUUCAAAAAAACAAAAAAAGAAAAAGAAAAUGUGGAAAUGAUUGUGAUGAGUGACUCACUGAAAAUGAGAUUGAUGAAUGUGGCUAUGAUGAUGACAGCAUCACCAAUAGACAUGUAAAAAUGUAUUUAUGAAUAAAGUGGCUUUAGAUAUGUUUUAUGCGUGUUCACUUGUCUAACUUUUGCAGUGUGAUCCGGUCGUGGGUCGGGCAGAAGGGGGAGGUUGGAUGAGCUGCGAUGUUGGACCAAAGUCAAGAGCCUGCAUAUCUGAGUCUGACCCUGGAUUUGCAGUAAGAAUACGUUGGUGACGAAACAAGCAUGAGAAGUGAGCAUGUAAAAAU